AUGGGUAUUUCCUAUCUUGCAUUUAGCUCAAUUGCACUCAUUGGGUUGAUCGGAUCAGCAUCCGAUAUAUCAAUUCUUUCUGCCUUUACUUUCAUACAGAAUAGACAUUUCUGUGUACAAUUAUUCCAAACUUAUGUCGAUUCUUCCACCAUUAUCACCCUCACCGCGAGUUUCGCUUUUCUAUUUGCCCUCUUGCAAAUUGCUCGAUAUAUUCGAGGUCUUCAGGUAGCCCCUACAAAUUUAGAUGGUCAAUUUCUUAAACCCAUGCUCUUUCCUACAAAGACAAGCCAUCUAAGGUUGUCUCCAAAGAAACAUGGUUUUUCGUACUCCUACCUCUUAACCGGGAUACCGAUCGGAUGGACAGGAUCUUCAGGGGGGAUGAUUUCAGCCGACGAAAGUAAGGAAGUUACCCCAUGGUAUAAGAGACUAUUCUCACUUCAACCAAUGAGUCCUUGGUAUGUUGUUGAUGGAGAUGCUUAUCUAGAGAGAGGUCAUGUACUUGGUGGAUUGGAGGGGAAGUUGAAAAGGUUUCUUCACGAUCAGAGUUUAGAUCAUGAAGAUUAUCCAUAUGCAUAUCUCAUGACGUCCUCAAGAUUUCUAGGGUAUCAAAAUAAUCCUGUGUCGAUAUGGAAUCUUUACUCAAGGGACAGAGAAAUGAGAGCUGUCCUUCUUGAAGUCAAUAAUACAUUUGACGAACGGCACAGUUAUUUCGUCACACCAAAAGAUGCAGAACCCUCUAAGAUCGAGGAAACAAAAAACAAACCAUCAAGAUUUACAAGUAAAUGGUCCAAGGAAUUUUAUGUAUCUCCAUUUAACUCCCGAACUGGUUCCUAUUCUAUCUCAGCAACCGAUCCAUUCUUCCCAUCGCUUUCUGGAAGUAAUCCUCUCGACCUCACCCUAAUACUCAGCUCCACUGAACGUCCAUUCCUAGUCGCGAGAGUCUUUUCCGAUGGGCCUGCACUCGACCCCUCUACCAUGUCAGUAUUGCAAAAGACUCAAUUUCUCUUAUCAUGGUGGUGGGUGGGAUUCGCUACAUUUCCUCGAACAUUAGUCCAAGCAUCCAAAUUAUUCUUCACAUGUUCAUUACCCUGGGUCUCACGCCCGGAACCACUCAAAGCGACUCUCUCAAGACAUGCCGAUACAACUCAGAAGUCUCUCGAGAUACCAUUUCGGCAAUACCUUCAACAGCUCAUCGAAGCGGCCGAGGAUCCGUUGAUUUUGAAGUACAGACCUGCCGGGCUUCUAGAUAAUACGACAGAAAUCAUGUAUUCACCUUCAGCUCAAAUGUCUCCAGAAUUAUCAAAACUUGUCGAGAUUUCAGUCUUAACACCGAUCUUCUAUACUCAACUCAUCAAGUAUAUCGACAUUGUCGACGCUCUCGAAUCAGAAUCAAAAAAUGAAAUUGUAUCCAUUUCGAAUAUUGAUGUUUUAUGGACACGACGCGUAAAGUCAGAGAUUCAGUCGGCAGUACCACCAAAGGAAUAUAUUCCAUCAGGUGUCGAUACCCUCACCUAUAUGUUCUUCCGAAUAAUCCAAUCUGCUCGCAUUUGCCCCCGUCUUGAACCUACUGUCAGUCUUUUUUCGUCUUUUGAUAAAUAUAUCCUUACGCAAACCGAUCAUGCCACUUCAUCGUCAUACAGAAAGAUAAUGUUCAAGAUGUGGCUCAGUAAUUGGAUCGCUCUAGGAUGGGAAGAUCUAUUGGAUUUCGAAUGCUGGUUGAUGAAACUUGGAAUUCUUUGGUGGACAGCAGGAAAGCUGAAGUAG